AUGGGACAUCCUCGACCAUCUGGUUCUGCUCUAGACGUGGACUCUCUAAGAAUGAAAGCAACAAGCAGUAAAUUGCUUCCCCCUCGACUAAAAGAGAAGAAAAACAACCAGCCAGAGUUACUUGAAGAAAAGGAACCAGAGCCAAAACCAGAACAGAAACCGGUCAAGUCAGGGCCAGUUGCCAGUACCUCGAUACCUGGCACAGUUUGGUGUCUGGUUCAGACUAAUGAUGGGAAGCACUUCUUUUAUAAUUCGAGUAAACGUCGUUCAGUUUGGAAAAUGCCCGAAGAGCUUAAAAACCACACAUAUGUUGAGAAGCUGUUGUCACCUAAACCAGAAGUCAAGACUGAAAAAUUGGAGGAACAGAAUGUUCAGGAAGGGCCACCAAUAAAGAAGAUCAAGUCAGAGAUUGAGGUUAAAGAAAAAAGCACUAUUGAAGAUGCUCAAACAAUUGUUCUUGAAAAUCAGACUGCUGUUGCAUCAGAAAUUCAAGUAGCUCAGCAAAGGUCUGUUGUUCUAGUGGAUGCCAGAAUUCAACAGUUCAAGGAAUUGCUAACUGAAAAAAAGGUUUCUGCACAUUCCACAUGGGAGAAGGAAUUACACAAGAUUGCAUUUGACAAUCGCUACUUGCUUCUAAGUUUACGAGAACGCAAACAGACAUUUGAAGAGUAUGUGAAGGACAAAGCUGAAGAAGAACACCAUGAAAUAAUUAGGAAAACCAAAGAGAAGACAGAUCUGUACAGACAGUUGCUCAAAGAAAGUAACUUAAAUGCAAAGUCUACAUUUGAACACUUUGCUGCCAAAUAUUCAAAGGAUGAACGCUUCAAAAUGAUAGACAAGAUAAAGGAUAGGAUAUCUUUGUUUCUAAAGUAUAUCAAUGAGCUUGUCAGGCAGGAGAAGCAAGAGGACACUGUAGUUACAGAAAAGGUUACGUCUGAUGAUAUGGGGGAGAUGAAAGGGCAAGAAAAGAGCUUCAGAAAAGCAGCCACUAAGGACUUCAAAAAUUUUCUUGCUGAGAAAGUAAAGAAUCCUUCAGAAAGGUUCGCUAUUUUCAAGUUUAGAUUUUGCAGAAACCCAAGAUGGAGAAGGGAACUUACUGAUGUAGAAAAGAUGAAGCUCUAUCAAAGUCAUAUUGCUACAAUUUACAGAAAGAAUAGAGAAGUCUUAUGGUUAAUUUUGGAUGAAUUGGAU